UCUUAGGGAAAACGGUCCGAAAAUUGAGCUGUGACUAGUUGUGAAAAGUCAACAUGGAAGACAAACAGGUUCUCGUUCUACACAUGCGUGACAUGGUAUGAAUGUCUCAUAUAGAGACAGAGACACUCUAUUCAUCUCUGUCUGUCUCGCAAGAACGCGGAUUUCGUUAUCCUUCCAUGUUGAUUUUACACAACUAAACACGACUCAAUUUUCGUACUGUUUCCCCUAGCGAGUGUCGAGACCUGUUUAUAUGAUCGUGAUAUGUGUAAGUGAUUAAUUUAUGUAGUUUCCGAUAAUGAUUUGAGAGAAACGGCGAUACUUACAUAAAUAUUAUCUACUUGAUAAAUAACGGUAGAACUAUUUAAUAAUAAAACUAAAAUAAUAAUGUUAAGAGUACUUGAUAUUUUUUUUAAGAUAAUAAUUUACCGAUAAGGUUAUAUUUACGAUGUAUUAAAACAAAUUAAAAUUUCAAAUCAUUCUUAUGAUUCAUUUCCAAGAAUCUUUACAUAUUGUAUUGCGCUUAAUUUUUUGUAAUCCGAGAGUAAAAUAAAUCUUGAAUCGUAAAUCUUGUAUUACGUAAGGAAAUAAACGCACGGAAAUUUUAUUAAUACUUUAAGACAAUAUAUGUAUGAUAUUGAACUGAAAUACGUAAUAAUAUGAAAAAGGUCUUUAAGAACAACUCAUCAUGUAAUAUUGAAAUAUUUACUUGUGAUGCAUAAAGUCUUUCGACAUAAUCGAGGAAAAGGAAAGUAUAAAAUUAUGUCGACUUUAACGCGCAUGCGACUUAUGAAUGGUGGGGGAAUACUACGGGGAAAGAUAUUCCAUAUUUUCGAUCGAAGAAGUAUAUCUGCUCCUGCUUUAAAAAAGAACAAAAUGGGAAAACUUACUCAAGAAGAACGAGAAAAGGAUUUAAAACCAUUGUUAUCUAAUGGUUGGUCUGUGCAACAAAAUAGAGAUGCUAUUUAUAAGGAAUUUUUAUUCAAAAACUUUAAUCAAGCAUUUGGUUUUAUGACAAAAGUUGCACUGCAAGCAGAAAAAAUGGAUCAUCAUCCUGAAUGGUUCAAUGUUUACAACAAAGUAAACAUUACUUUGUCUUCUCAUGAUGUAAAUGGUUUAUCACAGAGGGACGUAAAACUCGCAUCUUUCAUAGACAAGGCUGCUAAAGUGGGAGAAAACUAAAUAUUGAUUAAUUUAUAGGAUAAUUUUUAAAUAAUUACAAUGGAUGAAUGAUAUGUUUCUAUGAUAAUAAUGUUAAUAAUGUCUUAGAAUUUUUUGAUGUUAUAAAAAUUAUAUUACAUACAUAUAAAGGCUGUAGGUAUAUUUGUUUCAUAUUUGUUUUAUAUUAUGAUUUCUA